CGGGACAGUUUGCCGGGUUGCACUUUCUGUCAGUCCGGGGCUCCGAGAGGAGAGCAACAGCCCAGACAGCGAAGGAGAGAGAGAGGGGGCCAGAGAGAGAGCCAGCUUGAACGCCGGGGGGUUGAUCGAUUUUAAUCCCAAUCCCACACUUCAAGAAAGUGCCUCUCCGUUUCAGCGAGGAUGGAGAACGCACACAUCAAAGAGUCCCCGGACGUUCUGUCCUACUUUGGCGUGACUGAAGACACCGGCCUGUCGCCCGAGCAGGUGAAGAAGAACCUGGAAAAGUACGGCUUCAACGAACUGCCGGCAGAGGAGGGUAAAACCAUCUGGGAGCUGGUGGUGGAGCAGUUCGAGGACCUGUUGGUCAGAAUCCUCCUGCUGGCCGCCUGCAUCUCUUUCGUACUGGCCUGGUUUGAGGAAGGCGAAGAAACCGUCACCGCCUUCGUCGAGCCCUUUGUCAUCCUCCUCAUCCUCAUUGCCAAUGCUGUUGUGGGCGUGUGGCAGGAGCGUAAUGCAGAGAGUGCCAUCGAAGCCUUGAAGGAGUACGAGCCUGAGAUGGGAAAGGUUUACCGUGCAGACAGGAAGAGUGUCCAGAGGAUCAAGGCCAGGGAGAUCGUCCCCGGAGACGUUGUGGAGGUGUCUGUUGGUGACAAAGUGCCAGCCGACAUCAGAAUCAUCUCCAUCAAAUCUACAACCCUGCGUGUGGACCAGUCCAUCCUGACUGGUGAGUCUGUCAGCGUGAUCAAACACACCGACGCGGUGCCGGACCCCCGAGCCGUCAACCAGGACAAGAAGAACAUGCUCUUCUCUGGCACAAACAUUGCCGCUGGUAAAGCCACUGGCAUUGCUGUCGCCACCGGCGUGUCCACUGAGAUUGGUAAGAUCCGUGACCAGAUGGCCGCCACCGAGCAGGAGAAGACCCCUCUCCAGCAGAAACUGGACGAGUUCGGAGAGCAGCUCUCCAAGGUCAUCUCUCUUAUCUGCGUGGCCGUGUGGAUCAUCAACAUUGGACAUUUCAAUGAUCCUGUGCAUGGAGGCUCCUGGAUCCGUGGGGCCAUCUACUAUUUCAAGAUCGCCGUGGCUUUGGCUGUGGCUGCCAUCCCCGAAGGUCUGCCUGCUGUCAUCACCACUUGCCUGGCACUGGGAACUCGCCGUAUGGCCAAGAAAAACGCCAUCGUCAGGAGCCUGCCCUCCGUGGAGACCCUGGGCUGCACCUCAGUCAUCUGCUCCGACAAAACCGGCACCCUCACCACCAACCAGAUGUGUGUAACCAAGAUGUUCAUCAUCGAUAAAGUUGACGGCGACAGUGUUUCCCUUGGUCAGUUCGACAUUUCAGGCUCAAAGUACACCCCCGAGGGAGAAGUCACGAGGAACGGCUCGCUUGUGAAAUGCGGCCAGUUUGACGGACUGGUUGAGAUAGCGACCAUCUGCGCCCUGUGCAACGACUCCUCACUGGACUACAACGAGUCCAAGGGCAUUUAUGAGAAAGUGGGCGAGGCCACCGAGACGGCCCUGUCCUGUUUGGUGGAGAAGAUGAACGUAUUCAACACUGAAGUGCGCGGUUUGUCCAAGGUGGAAAGGGCGAAUGCCUGCUGCUCUGUCAUUAAACAGCUGAUGAAGAAGGAGUUCACUCUGGAGUUCUCCAGAGACAGGAAGUCCAUGUCAGUCUACUGCUCCCCCGCCAAGUCUGCCAAAGCCCCAGUCGGAAACAAGAUGUUUGUCAAAGGUGCUCCAGAGGGCGUGAUUGACCGCUGCGCCUACGUCCGCGUGGGCACCACCCGCGUCCCCCUCACCGGCCCCGUCAAAGACCACAUCAUGUCAGUCAUCAAGGAGUGGGGCACCGGGCGGGACACCCUCCGCUGUCUGGCUCUGGCCACCCGAGACGCUCCUCUCAAGAAAGAGGAGAUGAACCUGGAAGACUCCACCAAGUUCGCAGACUAUGAGACUGACCUGACCUUCGUGGGCUGUGUUGGUAUGCUGGAUCCUCCCCGUAAGGAGGUCAUGAGCUCCAUCGAGCUGUGCAGAGCUGCCGGCAUCCGCGUCAUCAUGAUCACAGGUGACAACAAAGGCACCGCUGUGGCCAUCUGCCGUCGUAUCGGCAUCUUCUCUGAGGAUGAGGACGUGACCGGAAAGGCCUUCACCGGCCGCGAGUUCGAUGACCUCGCUCCGUACGAUCAGAAGAGCGCGGUCAGGAAGGCCUGCUGCUUCGCCAGAGUGGAGCCAAGCCACAAGUCCAAGAUUGUUGAGUUCCUGCAAGGCUUCGAUGAGAUUACAGCCAUGACUGGUGACGGAGUGAACGAUGCCCCCGCCUUGAAAAAGGCGGAAAUUGGCAUCGCCAUGGGCUCUGGCACUGCCGUUGCCAAGUCUGCCUCGGAGAUGGUCCUGGCUGACGACAACUUCUCCUCCAUCGUGUCUGCUGUUGAAGAGGGCAGGGCCAUUUACAACAACAUGAAGCAGUUCAUCCGCUACCUCAUCUCCUCCAACGUAGGCGAGGUCGUCUGCAUCUUCCUGACUGCAGCUCUGGGUCUGCCCGAGGCUCUGAUCCCCGUCCAGCUGCUUUGGGUCAACCUUGUGACUGAUGGUCUGCCUGCCACAGCGCUGGGCUUCAACCCCCCCGACCUGGACAUCAUGGGCAAAGCACCCCGCUCCCCCAAAGAGCCCCUCAUCUCUGGCUGGCUCUUCUUCAGAUAUCUGGCCAUUGGUGGUUAUGUUGGUGCUGCAACAGUGGCGGCAGCUGCCUGGUGGUUCCUGUACAGCGAUGAUGGUCCCAUGGUCACCUUCCACCAGCUGUCUCACUUCAUGCAGUGCAGCGAGGAGAACGAGGACUUCGCCGACAUCCGCUGUGAGGUGUUCGAGUCCGCCCCGCCCAUGACCAUGGCCCUGUCCGUGCUGGUCACCAUCGAAAUGUGCAACGCUCUGAACAGUCUGUCUGAGAACCAGUCCCUGGUACGCAUGCCCCCCUGGAGCAACGGCUGGCUGGUGGGCGCCAUGAGCCUCUCCAUGUCCCUUCACUUCAUGAUCAUCUACGUCGACCCCCUGCCCAUGAUCUUCAAGCUCACUCACUUGAACGUGGAGCAGUGGCUGAUGGUGCUGAAGCUCUCCUUCCCGGUCAUCCUCAUUGAUGAGCUCCUGAAGUUUGUGGCUCGCACAUAUCUGGAGGUCUAAACCUGUUUCACCUCCCUCCAUAUCCCUGUAACCAAACAAGGAAAAGUUUAAGGUUAAAGUGCAUCAGAGAGCGUCUGAAUGCAGAGAGCACCGAGACACAGAUGACGGAGAGAAGAAGGCGGCCAGGCGCUCCACCGCAACGCGAGCGCGCCGAAAGCCACUUGAUCAAAGCCUCGAGUGGCG